UUGUUUCGGUGGAGGUCUCGGAGAUCCGGUGCUCUUGCGCUCACAUACCGGAACCGGACGUCGAUCCCUUCUCACCAUUUUUCGAGGGCAAGGGUUAUUCUUUCCCAUUUCUCGUUCGGGUCCUCCUCCCGGUGCUUGCAGCCUUCUUCCCAAUCCUAAUCAAUCCUUUUCAUCUUUAUGUAUUUAGUUCUUUAACCGGAUUUUUGGGAUUUCCUUCUCCUCCUCCUGCUAACGGGAAAUGGUUUCGCGCCAAGUGUUGCCUGUUUGUGGUACACUUUGUUUCUUUUGCCCUGCUUUGAGUACUAGAUCUAGGCAGCCCAUCAAGCGCUACAAGAAGCUGCUUGCGGAUAUCUUCCCUCGCUCUCUGGAAGAAGAACCUAAUGACAGGAAGAUUGGUAAAUUAUGUGAAUAUGCAUCGAAAAACCCUUUUCGGGUUCCCAAGAUCACAACUUAUCUUGAGCAAAGAUUUUACAAGGAAUUGAGAAACGAGCAAUUGCACUCUGUUAAAGUCGUCAUAUGUAUCUACAGAAAGCUGCUAUUUUCUUGUAAAGAGCAAAUGCCUCUAUUUGCGAGUAGUUUGCUUGGCAUCAUCCACAUUCUACUGGACCAAGCACGCCAUGAUGAAAUGCGAAUUUUAGGUUGCGAAGCCCUGUUUGAUUUUGUUAAUAACCAGAGGGACAGCACUUAUAUGUUUAACUUAGAUGGAAUGAUUCCCAAACUUUGCCUUCUAGCUCAAGAAUUAGGGGAGGAAGGGAGAGAAAAACAGAUGCGUUCUGCUAGCCUUCAAGCCCUCUCAGCUAUGGUUUGGUUUAUGGGUGAAUUUUCCAAUAUAUCAUCAGAAUUUGACAAUGUUAUCUCUGUCGUGUUGGAUAAUUAUGGAGAUCUUAAAAGUACUUCCACUGCUCCUUCCCACAACGAGCAAGAUACUCAGGAUGAAAGUGCUGAAGUAGUUCCCCGUUCAAACGAGCACUUGACAAGGGUGUCUUCAUGGAGGAUGAUAGUAACUGAAAGGGGGGAAUUGAAUAUAUCUCUAGAAGACGCAAAAAAUCCAGAAUUUUGGUCAAGGGUUUGCCUACAUAAUAUUGCUAAGUUAGCUAAGGAAGCUACAACUAUACGACGUGUCUUGGAAUCUUUCUUCCGCUAUUUUGAUACUGGCAAUCUUUGGUCUCCAAAACUUGGGCUUGGUCUUUCUGUCUUGAUGGAUAUGCAAAUAAUAAUGGAGAAUUUGGGGCACAACUCACACUUUAUGCUUGCAAUUUUAAUCAAGCACCUCGAUCACAAGAAUGUUCUUAAAAACCCUACCAUGCAAAUUGACAUUGUUAAUAUUGCUACCUCCCUUGCUCAACAAACAAAUGCCCAACCAUCAGUGGCAAUAAUUGGUGCUCUAGGUGAUAUGAUGAGACAUCUUCGAAAAAGUAUACAUUGCUCCCUUGAUGAUGGUAACUUAGGGGCAGAAGUUGUCGAGUGGAACCGAAAAAACCAAGCGUCAGUUGAUGCAUGCCUUGUAGAGUUGUCAAGAAAGGUUGGAGAUGCGGGUCUUAUUCUAGACAUGAUGGCUGCCAUGUUGGAGAACUUGUCAAAUAUUCCUGUCAUGUCUAGAACAUUAAUUUCUACUGUGUACCGUACAGCCCAGAUCGUGGCAUCAAUACCGAAUCUUGUGUAUCAAGAUAAGGGCUUUCCUGAGGCGUUAUUCCAUCAAUUACUACUGGCAAUGGUCUGCUCAGACCAUGAAACUAGAGUUGGUGCUCACCGUAUAUUUUCUGUUGUUCUUGUUCCAUCAUCUGUCUGCCCACGUCCUCAUGCUUCUGUACCCCACUCUGCAAAGCCUACUUAUAUUCAACGGACACUCUCAAGAACUGUGUCAGUGUUCUCCUCUUCAGCAGCACUUUUUCAGAAAGUUAAAGUUGAGCCUCAUUCUGCACCAGAGAACAUCUUUCAAAAGGUGGAUGAAAAACCUAUAAUUCAGCAGCCUACAAAAGUUGAAGGUGACUCCAUUUUUAACAGACUAAAGUCAAGUUACAGUCGGGUUCACACAGUGAAAAAGGAUCCACCAAUUUCAGUUCAAGCCUCAAUUAUAGAAGAAGAGGAAGAGCCAAAGAUCAACAAUAAUACUAUGAUGAAUAGGCUGAAAUCUAGUUACAGCCGAGCUUAUAGUAUGAAAAAGACUACACCUAGUACAGUUACUGAUGAGAAACCUUUGGGAAGUUCAGAAAAGGAACAGACAACAUUCCUUAGGCUUAGCAGCCGCCAGAUUACCAAUCUUCUCUCAUCAAUAUGGGCACAAUCCAUCUCUCCUCUCAAUAAACCUGAAAACUAUGAAGCAAUUGCUCAUACUUAUUGCCUUGUGUUGCUAUUUGCGCGGACUAAGAACUCCAGCCAUGAGACGCUCAUUCGAAGUUUCCAGCUAGCAUUUUCCUUGCGGAGCAUUUCCCUGGCUGGAGGGCAAUUGCAACCAUCACAUCGUAGGUCCCUUUUUACGUUGGCAACAUCAAUGAUCAUCUUCACAGCAAAAGCCUACAACAUCGUGCCUCUUGCCCCUCGUGCUAAAGUUGCCCUUACUAGUGAAGUAGUUGAUCCGUUUCUACGGUUGGUUGAAGAUUGCAAGCUACAAGUCUCUCAUUUAGGACAUGACAACCCCAGACCAGAUUAUGGAUCUAAGGAAGACAAUGAAGAUGCUGAGAAGUCGCUUUCAGCAGUUGACACAAGUGAAAGUCAAUCUAAGGAGUCAUUUGCUAAGCUAAUUUUGCAGACAUUGCAUAACAUGUCAGAACAGAACGAGUUAUCUUCUAUUAGAGAACAGUUGCUUCAAGACUUUUUGCCAGACGAUACUUGUCCAUUAGGAACUCAAUUUUUUGUCACACCAAGAGAAAUUUAUCAAUGUGGACCCAAGAGUGACGAGACUUCUAACACGGUUGACCCCUUAUUUUCAAUGGAUAAUGACAAUCUAUGCGAUGAACCUCAAAGUCAAAAUGAUAUUGAGAUAGAGAAGGUCCCAGAAGGUCCAAGUGUAAUGAGUGCUGAUGAACUUUUGAAUUUGAUUUCUGAUAUAACAAAUCAAGUUGGAAGGUUAUCUGGCUCCUUACCGACAAACAUGCCUUACAAGGAAAUGGCUGGAAAUUGCGAAGCUCUUUCAGAAGAAAAGCAGCAGAAGAUAUCCAAUUUCAUUACUUCUCAACCAACUAAUGAAAGUUCAGUUAGAACCCCCACUCAUGAUGAUGACAAUCUGGGAAAAGAAGAGCCUUCUCAACGCCAUGUUCAGUUCACUGUAAAUAAGAGUGGCAACCCAUUUGUUGACUCAGAUGUACCUAUGUACUGGAAUUCCUCCAUUAACACUUAUCCAGCACUUUGUGCAACAGAGUACCAAUAUUAUCCCCAUCUCAUUCAACUACCAUCCUCUAGCCCAUACGAUAACUUCUUAAAGGCAGCUGGUUGUUAAGUUAUGGAAAAGAACACGAAAACUCUUCAAGGCUUCUCGGCGACUGUGAGGAUUGGCUAUAUAUUUCAAGAUGAGCAAGCAAAACUCCUGAGGUCUACAUUCUGGACCGGGCAUCUGCUGCUGCUGCUGCUCUACUCAUUCGGUCAAGUUCUUGUCAUCGUUUUUGUAUAUUUUGAUAUGAUUCAUACAUGCCAUUUUCUUGAUGGCAGGUAAUUUGUUUUCCUUCAGCCAGUUGCAUGUUUGGAUUGUUGAAAUCAUUCAUAUAUGAUGCCUUUGGAUAUGUAUUAUAGAGAAAUAGGUUGUUAGAUGAGAUUGGGCUUAAUGUUUGUCUAGACUUGGAGAUUCCAUGGUUAUCUCUGUCCAGAAGGUGCAUUCACAGGAGAUUGUUUACCUGUUGGACUGUCAUAGGUUUGUAAGUGAUAAAAGAGCGAUUAAUGGAGAUUUGUUUAGCUGUAUAUUUGUAACAAGUAUCUUUGUAUUUAUGAGUGUAAGUAUUUCCUUUUGUAACAGUUGACAACUAUUCAUUAUAGGCUAUAUUAGUGGGGCUUAUCUUACGAAA